AUGGGGCGUGAGGACGGAAUCAUGUUGGACGUCCAACAAUCCACGGCCGAGAAGACCCCCUCCAUGGACCACUCAUCCUCCCAAAAGGCUGGUACGGCGCAAGACAAGCAAGACAUGUGGCGUGCCGGGCGAGAUCAAGAACUGAACAGAAACUUCCGAUUUCUUUCAGUUUUAGGGUUUACGGCGGUGUUGAUGUGCACGUGGGAAGCAGUUCUAUUCGGUUCAUCUUAUGGAUUAACUAAUGGUGGUAAAGGAGGUAUGAUCUAUACUUACCUGGGAGGCCUGGCAGGGUUCAGCUUUGUGAUCCUCUCAAUGGCUGAGAUGGCUUCAAUGGCACCAUUGUCCGGUGGCCAGUAUCAUUGGGUGUCGGAGUUUGCACCUGCCAGUUCCCAGGCCCUGUUGAGCUACAUCACUGGCUGGAUUUGCGUGUUGGGUUGGCAUACCGGUAUCGCAGGAUGCUGUUAUACAGUCGCUAACAUGAUGGUCGGCGUGAUUGCCAUAAACUAUCCUGAUACGUAUAACUAUGAGCCAUGGCAUGUCACACUGCUCGUCAUUGCGGUGGCCCUGGUAGCCUUGAUGUUUAAUACAUUCCUGGCCCAGAAGCUCCCCUUGAUCGAAGGUAUCAUCUUGAUUGUGCACUGCUUCGGUUUCUUUGGAAUUUUGAUCCCACUUUGGGUUUUGUCCCCGAAGAUUCCUGCUUCCGAAGUCUUUGGUUCAAUCGAAGAUCGGGGUGGAUGGGGUAAUAAUGGACUCUCGUAUCCUAUUUUGGCUGUUACUAACGAUAUAUCUGGGAAAGGCCCUGACUCAGCAGUUCAUAUGGCGGAGGAAAUUCGAGAUGCAUCUCGGGUGCUCCCCAUGGGCAUGGUCUGGACGCUGAUCCUUAACGGGUCCACUGGCUUUGUCAUGAUAGUCACAUUUGCGUUCUGUGUGGGAGACAUUGAUAAAGUGCUCCAGUCUGAAACAGGCUUCCCCUUCAUACAGGUCUUCCUCAAUGCUACAGGAUCAGUCAGCGCCACAACAGGGAUGACAGUGGUGAUUAUGAUCAUGCAAUUUUGCGCGGCAAUCAGUAAUGUUGCCACUACCUCUCGUCAGAUCUACUCGUUUGCCCGAGACAAGGGUCUUCCCUUUUCCAAUUUCUUGGCAAAGAUUAAUCCAACCUUCACGGUCCCAUUAAAUGCCCUUUGCGUCAGUCUCGUUAUUGUCUCUCUCCUCUCCUUAAUCAACAUUGGGUCUUCUGUGGCUUUCAACGCCAUCAUGUCCCUGGGUACAGCCGCCCUUUUGUCCUCCUACAUUAUUUCUAUUACCUGCGUCCGUAUUCGACGUUGGCGCAAUCAACCGCUACCACCGGCACGUUGGAGUAUGGGGAAGUUCACUCCCGUCUGUGACACGAUUUCCAUCAUGGUUUUGCUGGUGAUAUGGAUCUUUAGUUUCUUCCCCUUGACCAAGGAGGUGGAUCCGACUACAAUGAAUUGGAGUGCGGCUAUCUUUGGAGGUGUCGUUGUGAUUUCACUCGGUUAUUAUGUUAUCUAUGCCCGGAGAGUCUACAAGGGUCCAGUGACACGGGUGAAAAUGAUACAGCAAUGA